UUAAACUGGAGCAUGAAGGCAGUGUUGUCCACGUGUGCUGGGAGAGCGGGCCUGGGGCUGAGGGCAUCGCGCUCCGGGCCGUGUGUGCCCUCGGGGGCCGGUCUGUGCCCCCAGGGCCAGCGGGGCCCGUGUGUACCGGCACAGUCGGCGGUGCUGCUGGGGGGGUCGGUGCCGCUGGGCUGGCCCGGCUGUGCCCAGGACCAUGAGGGGCUUGGGGGGGGGUCUCACCCCCGGCACGGCUGUGACCGGGCGCCCAUCCCUGGCCCCAGUUCAGAGGGGCCGGGUCCCGGUUACCCCCGGGACGCCCUGCGUGGGGCUGGAUCCCUGCUCCCCGCGGGCAGGGCAGUGCCGGGGCGGGCGGGGCCGCUCUGGCCCCGGUGGCAGGGCCGAGACGUGUCGGCUACGUGGCCCCGGGGCGGGGCGGGCGGCAGCGACACGCGAACGGGGCUGGGUGAGCGGGUACCGGGGGACACCGGCGGUACCGGGUCGGGCGCGUGCUGGGUGAGCGGGUACCGGGGGAGCGCUGGGUGCGGCGCGCUCCGCGUUCCCCGCGCGCCCUCCCACCCGUGCGAGCGCAUCCCCGCCGUGCUGGAACCGGGGCAGCUCCCGGAGCCCCCGCCCCUCUCCCAGCGCCGGGUUCCCUCGGGCCCUCCCGCCGACCCCCGGGCAGGGCCAGCCCCGGUGUUCCCGGUGUUCCCGUCCCGCCGCAGCCCGAGGUGGCGGGUGAGGAACCUGCCGGUGAUGCUGAUCCUGCUGCUGCUGCUGGGGCCAGCGGCCUGGGCCGCCCCCAGGGAGGGGACCAACAGGCCUGAGCCCCCCGUGGCCACAAUCGUGGAUCUGUACCCUGACCCGCUGAGCCUGGAGUCACCUGCACUGCUGCUGCUGCGGAGCGCAGUGCGGAGCCUGGGGCCACCACAGCAGGACGUGGAGGCCAUGACACGGGAGCAGGCCCUGCUCUACCUCUUUGUGCUCCAUGACCACGACCAGAGCAGGCGCCUGGAUGGGCUGGAGCUGCUGCAGUUACUUGGCACGGUGCUGGCACAGGCUGGGGGGCAGCCAGACCCUGACAUGGUGGCUGCACUGGUGGACCAAGCCCUGGCAACGCAGGACCUGAAUGGGGAUGGGCUGCUGGACCCCUCUGAGCUGCUGGACCCCCCUGAGGUGCUCUUGCCUGGCCAGGAUCAGGGACCCCCAGGACAGCCCCCCCUCGAGCAGCAGGCAGGGGCUGGGGCUGGGGCUGCGGCUGCGGCUGGGGCUGGGGGAGGCGCAGCAUUGCCCAGGCAGGACCUGGAGUUGAGAAGCCCAGGACAGGCAGCCACUGAGGCUGGAGAUCCCAAGGUGGAAUCUCUCAGGGUGGAAUCUCCCAGUGCUGAGGCCUUGGAGGCAGAAGUCAUCCCUGAGGCCAAAGCCCCCAGUACUGAUGCCACAGAGGAAGAGGAAGCCCCUGAGGCUGAAGCCCCUGAGGAGCAGGCAGCCCCAGCCUGGAGGGACCAUGGGGAGGGGUAGGCAGUGGGGACUGUGGGAUGCAAUGCCCUGCCUGCUCCCUGCCCGACUCAGAGUGGCAGGGGGAUGCCCCAUGGCCAGGCUGCUGGGCCCAAGGAGGGCUGGGGGCAUGUGCUCCCCUCUGUCAUGCAUCGGAUGAGGAAUAGAGGCACUGCUGGUGA